CACGGCGAGACGAGUCAGUCUGGAGAGAACCGUGGUCGUUACAAGUUGCGUGUCGACGUUUCGCGUCACCUCGAGUCGUGUCGUUUCUCGGUGUGUCUCACCCCUCGUGCCGUUGAUUGUUUUUUUCGCCUCCUUCUUCUGGUUCUGUAUGGAGUGAUUGCCGCAGACGUUCCCCCUUUUGGACGUGAGCUGGAUGAGAACCUGAGGAGCUUUGGAUCGAUACAGUGCAGCGUAGUGCGUGGAAGAAUACAGUCGUCGUGACACCGUCCGUCGUGGAAAUAAGGUUAAAUUUAAGCGUUGAAGGAUGAAUUACGGGCGGAAGACACCGUCGACGUACCGGUCGACGCCGUCGGUCUACUCGCACAUCACGAGCCGGUCCCAGUCGAACCUGCACUCGCAGCGGUCCCGCUCGAUGAAGUCCGUCCGGAUACCGUGGUACCAGAAGCCGCUGCUGCACAACAACAAGUGGAUGGACAUCCAGCGGGGUGCGAUCAUCACCGGGACGUUCUCGAUCUUUGUGGCGCUGUUUACGAUCGCGACUUCGAUCUUUGACGUUUACUGCCUGUCGAUGGCGGCGCCCGGUUCGACCCACUACGGCUACUACAUCAUCUCGUACGAGUUCGUGUACGUGGGGAAUCCGCACGUGCGUAACGCGUUGAUGAUCGCGGCGCUGUUCUCACUGCUGGGAGCGAUCGCCGUGCUGGUCACCAGUAUCAUGCUGGUGCAUGCCCUCCGGAAAGAACACGAGAACCGGGUCGUCCCUUGGCUGUGGACCUUCGCCGUGUUCACCACCUUCCGGUUCCUGGCGCUGCUACUGUUCUCGAUCGUCAACGAUCUCAUCUUUGCGUACAACAUUCUCAUCACCCUGGUCUGGAUCAUGAUCAUCCUGACGUCCGCCUACGGCUGGCUCCUGGUGUACUCGCUCUACCUGGAACUGUCCGACCUCACCAAGCUGGAAGAUCUGGCCCAUCUCCGCAUGGGAACGAUGCAAUCGCUCAACGCCUCCGUCGCCCACUCGCUGGCCGGAUCACGACCCACAACCCCGCACAGCACAGUGUCCACGAUGCCCGUCGGCGGGGUGGUCUAGCAUCCGCCAAACCCAGCCCGACGUUCAAGGCCAGAAUCUCGAAUCCGUACAAGCAACAAAUCACUAGAGUUAGGCAAGCGACGAACCCCGCACGGGUGGCGACCAAUCACAAUAGCUGAAGACGAUCGCGAGUGUCCGUCCGAUAAGUUUUAAAAUCGCAAAUGUACUAAAACGAAACAAUGUUUUUUAAACGUCAGUGUUAAUCGAACUGUAAAUGUGCCUUCAACAAAAAAAAUCGAAAUCGAUAGUGUUUAACCCGUGGUAAUUUUAAUCCAAAACCCCUAGCAUUUAAGAUAACGCCCCAAGAAGAAAUCUGUUUUCAAAGAUUUUGUUUAGCGAGCUAAGAAGGAAAACGCGUGGAACAUUUCCAAUAAAGAAAUUUAAAAACCCAUCAA